GUAUAAAUGUGUCUGGCUAUUUUGACAACCGCUCAUUUUCAAACACAGGCUGCACAAGGCAACAGUAUCCUCACUCCAACUACACUAAGUCACCAACUGUCAUCAUGAGGGAAAUCGUCCAUCUCCAAGCCGGCCAGUGCGGGAACCAGAUUGGUGCCAAGUUCUGGGAGGUGAUCUCUGACGAGCACGGCAUUGACCCUACCGGCACAUACCACGGUGACAGCGAUCUUCAGCUUGAGCGAAUCAACGUCUACUACAAUGAGGCCACAGGAGGCAAAUACGUUCCACGUGCUUGCCUUGUCGAUCUUGAGCCAGGUACCAUGGACUCUGUCAGGUCUGGACCAUUCGGUCAGAUCUUCAGACCUGACAACUUUGUCUUUGGACAAAGUGGUGCUGGCAACAACUGGGCCAAGGGUCACUACACAGAAGGUGCUGAACUCGUCGAUUCCGUCCUCGACGUCGUCCGUAAGGAGGCUGAGAGCUGCGAUUGCCUGCAGGGAUUCCAGCUGACCCACUCCCUCGGUGGUGGAACCGGCUCUGGUAUGGGAACACUCCUGAUCAGCAAGAUCCGUGAAGAGUACCCAGACAGGAUCAUGAACACAUUCUCCGUUGUACCAUCACCAAAGGUAUCUGAUACCGUUGUGGAGCCCUACAACGCCACCCUCUCAGUCCAUCAGCUUGUUGAGAACACAGACGAGACCUACUGUAUCGACAACGAGGCUCUCUACGACAUCUGCUUCCGUACCCUCAAGCUCACCACUCCAACGUAUGGUGAUCUCAACCAUCUUGUCUCUGCCACCAUGUCUGGAGUCACCACCUGUCUCCGAUUCCCUGGUCAGUUGAAUGCUGAUCUCCGUAAAUUGGCUGUCAACAUGGUGCCCUUCCCACGUCUUCACUUCUUCAUGCCAGGUUUCGCCCCACUCACCUCCCGAGGAAGUCAGCAGUACCGAGCCCUGACCGUACCAGAGCUUACCCAGCAGAUGUUUGAUGCCAAGAACAUGAUGGCUGCUUGCGACCCUCGCCACGGUCGGUACCUGACUGUUGCUGCCAUGUUCCGUGGCCGUAUGUCGAUGAAGGAGGUCGACGAACAGAUGUUGAACGUCCAGAACAAGAACAGCAGCUACUUCGUCGAAUGGAUCCCCAACAACGUCAAGACUGCCGUCUGUGACAUUCCACCACGUGGUCUUAAGAUGUCGUCCACCUUCAUUGGCAACAGCACGGCCAUCCAGGAGCUGUUCAAACGUGUCUCUGAGCAGUUCACAGCCAUGUUCCGGCGCAAGGCUUUCUUGCAUUGGUACACAGGUGAGGGCAUGGACGAGAUGGAGUUCACUGAAGCCGAGUCUAACAUGAACGACUUGGUGUCUGAGUACCAGCAGUACCAGGAUGCCACGGCCGAGGAGGAGGGAGAGUUUGACGAGGAGGAGGAGGAUGAGCAGCAGGAAGCUCAGUAAACACAGCAAGUCGCCAAAACAACCAAAAGUUACAAAGUCGUUUCAGAACUGAAAUGUCCAAGCAAAAACAAUUACGGAACCGUUGAGAACCAAGAGCUGAAGUCCCAUUGAGAUCAUGUUCAUAUUUUUUUCAGAUGGCUCGACAGUACAUUGAAAUUUAGUACUUGUCAAGAGUCAAAUACAAUGACAUUAAUCAACCAUGUUAUAAUCAAAUCGAUGUUUUCACCAUAAACCUCCAAUCAUCUAUUUCACGCAAAGUUAUAUGAGAUUCGUGAUUAGGAAGCAAAAUCCAUGUUGUGAUCAUUCCAAACAAUUUGACCAGGAUGUUUGACUCUUCUGCAACUUUUUCGAGCUUUUUCCAUGAUUAAGCUAGAGAAGGGUUCAAUACCAUAUAAACCUUUCCUUCACAGAGUAACCCAGGCUGUAACCUUUUUCAACAUCCUCUGUUCUUGUUCGGACACCUUAUGAAUAAACGGUUCAGUUUGCAAGAAA